AUGCUUAGCCUCCUCGUCUUGCUACCCUUCGUUCAGUCGGCGCUCUCCGCGUGCACUGGAACCAUCUCGUCUCUCGAUGACAUCGCCGCCGCCGUGAAAUGCACCACAGUCAAUAUCAACAGCUUCACCGUGCCCGCUGGUCAAGGCUUUGAAAUCGACCUCCUCGAUGGAACGACCGUUAACCUAAACGGCGACAUCAAGUUCGGCAACAAGACCUGGGCAGGACCUCUGUUCACCGUCAGUGGAAAAUCGAUUACCUUCAAUGGCAACGGCCACACUCUCGACGGCGGAGGACCUUUCUACUGGGACGGCCUUGGUGGCAAUGGCGGUGUCACAAAGCCUGCGCCUAUGAUCAAGAUUCGCAUCUCGGGCACGUACAGGGACGUCAAGGUACUCAACUCGCCUGCCCGCACCUACUCCGUGUCAAACCCUGCAGCUUUGGUCAUGACCGGAUUGACAAUCGACAAUUCUUUGGGCGAUCUACCAAACUCGAACAGUGCUGGAAAAGCUGCCGGUCACAAUACUGACGGAUUCGACGCCAGCACCACCGACCUGACCAUCCAAAACAGCGUGAUCCACAACCAGGAUGAUUGCCUGGCAAUCAACCGCGGCUCCAACAUCGUCUUCCAAGGCAACACAUGCAUUGGAGGACACGGCAUCUCUGUCGGCUCGAUUGACUCGGGUGUCACCGUCAACGGUAUUGUAAUUACAGGCAACACAAUCAUCGACAACGAUCAAGCCCUCCGCAUCAAGACAAAGUCAGCUGCUACAGGAAGUACCGUUACCAACAUCACCUAUUCCGGCAAUACAGCCACAGGGAUCAAGCGAUUCGGUGUCAUAAUCGAUCAAAGUUACCCAGACACCCUCGGGACACCCGGCACCGGUGUGAAGCUUUCUGGUGUUAACUUCGUAUCUCCCAAAACAACCAUUUCCGUUGUCAGCGGUGCCCAAAAGGUCGCUGUUAACUGCGGGUCGGGAUCAUGCACCGGGAGCUGGAACUGGGCCAACCUCGCCGUCUCAGGAGGCAAAGCUGGUUCGAUUGUCAACUUCAGCGGCAUUACGGGCUUCUCGCAGUAA